CCCAACUCCUUCUCAGCAACUUGAGGACUGGAAUAGGGGAAUUCUGCACAAGCUGUUCCCAACGCCAAAGCCUUCCUGGAAAACCUGCCCCAGAUUGCGUGGCUGCCCCUGGAUCCCUGGCAGUGCCCAAGGCCGGGCUGGCCGGGGCUUGGAGCGAGCUGGGCUGGGGGAAGGUGUCCCUGGCCAUGGCAGGGGUGGCACCGGCCGAGCUUUGGGGUCCCUCCCGGCCCAGCCCGUCCCUGCUCCCCCAGCCCCAGGACUCUCCCCGGGUCUCUCCGCUCCCUCCCUGCUGGGGGAGGCGCUGCGGGCACUGGGGAGGACUGGGAGCGACCCCUCGGGCUCCGAGCCCCGGCCAGCGGCGCUUCUGGCGGAGGGCGACAGGGAAAAGCAGAUGCCAAUGUGUCAGGAUGCAAGAGAUCAGGAAUCACUUGCAUCUGAAGCAGGAACUGAAGGAAAAACUCUAAUCCUUCUGGAGGACUCCUCAGCCUUUUGUGUGGACAAACAGCAGAGUGUGACGUGGUCGAUGGCUCAGCGGGUGCUGGUGAUCGGCAGUGGGGGCAGAGAACACGCCCUGGCCUGGAAGUUGGCCCAGUCCCCACAUGUCAAACAUGUGUUUGUGGCUCCAGGAAAUGCAGGAACGGCCGACAAUGGAAAAAUUUCCAAUUCAGCUGUCUUGGUGAGCAAUCACACAAUUGUUACCCAGUUCUGCAAAGAUCACAACAUUGGACUUGUGUUAGUUGGAGAGGAAGCUCUGUUGGCAGCUGGGAUUGUUGAUGACUUGAGGGCAGCAGGAGUUCGGUGUUUUGGCCCGUGUGCCAAGGCAGCCCGGCUGGCAUCCCACACCAGUCUCACUAAAGCCUUUCUGGAUCGACACGGGAUCCCAACAGCACGAUGGAAAGCCUUCAGCAACGCCCAGGAAGCCUGUAGGUUUAUCAUCAGCACGGACUUCCCUGCACGAGUGGUGCGGGCGAGGGGCCCUGCGGCCAGGAAGGAGGUGACCAUCACAGCCAGCAAGGAGGAGGCCUGCAGAGCUGCCCAGGAGAUCAUGCAGGACAGAAUGUUUGGAGAGAUGGUUGUUAUUGAAGAACUUCUUCAAGGGGAAGAACUUUCCUGCUCGUGUUUCACGGACGGCGUCACCAUCGCUCCCAUGCCCCCGGCCCAGGCCCACAAGCGGUUGCUGGAUGGGGACCAGGGCCCCAACACUGGAGGGAUGGGAGCCUAUUGUCCAGUCCCUCAGGUUCCAGAAGGUCUUCUAGAGCAGAUCAGGGGUGCAAUCCUCCAGCACGUUGUUGAUAGUAUGAGACAAGAAGGAACAGCCUAUGUGGGUGUGCUGCAAACAAGUUUAAUGCUGACCAAAGAGGGGGUGAAGAUUUUAAACUUUAAGUGUCAGUUUGGGGAUCCCCAGUGCCAGGUAAUUCUUCCCCUGCUUAAAAAUGAUUUUUACGAAGUGAUUCAGGCAACGAUUGAUGGCAAACUCUGCAGCUUCAUGCCAGCCUGGUCCGAGAGCAGCACGGCCGUGUGCGUGGUCAUGGCCAGCGCGGGAUACCCGGGGCACUGCGACAGAGGCAGGGAGGUGACAGGGCUGCUGCAGGCCAAGGCCUUGGGGCUGCAGGUGUUCCAUGGUGGCACAGCCCUGAGGGAUGGCAGGGUGGUGACGAGUGGUGGCAGAGUGCUCUCCAUCACCGCUGUCCGGGAGGACCUGCUGGAAGCCCUGGGAGAAGCCAACAGGGGCGUGGCCACCAUCCACUUCCAGGGAGCCACGUACAGGAGGGACGUCGGCCAGCGGGGCCUGCGGCUGCUCCGACAGCCCCUGGCCCUGAUGUACAAAGAGAGACGUGUGGAAGCCGCAGCCAGGGACGUCCUGUUUCACCUGCCACAAACAUCAGUUGUGAGUGGUACCAGAUCAGGCAGUCGCCCAGAACUGGGAGGCUUUGCUGGUUUCUUUGACUUGAAGACAUCUGGUUAUGAGGAUCCCAUCCUGGUGUGUCAAACUAAAGGCCUUGGAGCUAAACUGCAGAUGGCACAAGCCUGUAGGAGACACACCACCCUGGGGCAGGACCUGGUGGCCCUGUGUGCCAAUGCCCUGCUGCCCCACGGAGCAGAGCCCCUCUUCUUCCUCAGUUAUUUUACCUGUGGCAAACUUGAUGCUGAAGUGACUGAGACGAUCCAAGAAGGAAUAGCUGAAGCCUGCAGGAGUGCAGGAUGUGCUUUCCUGGGGCAGACGCUGUCCCAGCUCCCGGGCGCGUGUUCCGUGGGGGACCCGGACCUGGCCGGCUUCGUGGUGGGCGCGGUGGAGCGAGGGCAGGUGCCCCUGGGGCUGCAGAGAGCCGAGGAGGGGGAUGUGCUCCUGGGACUGGCCUGCCCCGGGAUCCACGGCCGCGGCUUCGGCGCCGUCCGGAAGGUUCUGCUCGUGUCCUCCCUGCGCUGCUCGUCCCCCGCCCCUGGCACCUGCGGGGACACCACGCUGGGAGAGGCCCUGCUGAGCCCAGCCAGGCUGUACAGCCCAGCCCUGCUGCCCGUGCUGCGCUCGGGCCACGUGAAGGCCUUUGCCCCCAUUGCUGAGGAGGGGCUGCUGGGGGGCAUCUCCAGGGUCCUGCCGGAGCACGUCAGCGCCGUGCUGGACGCUCUCAGCUGGAAGAUCCCUGAAAUCUUCUGCUGGCUUUACAAGGAGGGGAACCUCUCUGCAGAGGAGAUGGCUCAGACCUUUCCCUGUGGGCUGGGGGCGGUGCUGGUGGUGCAGCAGGACCUGGCCCAGCACGUCCUGGGGGCCAUCCGGAGGCGGGAGGAAGCUUGGCUCAUCGGGAAGGUGCUUGCCCCGUGUCACACAGGAGGUUCCCACAUCCAAGUGGAGAACCUGGUGGAGGCCCUGCAGCAGAGCAGCCCCCAGGGCCUGCUGGGUGACACCACCCUGGAGCCUCGGCACCAGCCCAGGAGGAGAAAGGUGAAGGUGGCAGUUCUCGUCUCUGGAACAGGCACGACCCUCCCCGCGCUCAUCACUUACACCAGGGAGCCAGGCAGCUGUGCCCAGGUCGUCCUUGUCAUCUCCAACAAGUCUGGUGUGGAAGAACUCCGGAAUGCAGCCCGGGCUGGAAUCCCCACCAGGGUGAUUGACCACAAGUUGUACGGGAGUCGCUCGGAGUUCGACAGCACAAUCGACCGAGUGCUGGAGGAGUUUGCUGUGGAGCUGGUCUGUCUGUCAGGAUUUAUGAGGGUUUUGUCCAGCCCUUUCCUCCGAAAAUGGAAAGGGAAAAUUUUGAAUGCUUCUCCCUCACUUUUUCCACUCAUCAAGGAUGGAAAUGCCCCUCAGGAGUCCCCACAAAGUGGAUUCAAGGUCACAGGCUGCACCGUGCAUUUUGUCCUGGAGGACUCCGGCCCCAGGGCCGUGAUCCACCGGGAGCCCAUCCCCGUGCGGGCGGAGGACACGGAGCAGGCGCUGGCGGAGCGGGUGAAGGAGGCCGAGUGCCGCGCCUUCCCCGUGGCCCUGCAGCUCGUGGCCAGCGGGGCCGUGAGCCUGGGAGCCGAUGGAAGAACCUCCUGGAAGCAGGAGAGCCAAAGUCUGGGGCUGCACGGGGAGAAGGGAGACUGCACGUCCUCCCUCGUGGCUCCGGAGCCUCCGGAACACGGUGGGGAGUAGGCGGGUAACGAGGGGCUCGAUCGUGCUCACCUUCCCUCCCCCUCCUCCUCCCUGUGCUGCUCUCUGAUGUGUCCAUGGCUCAGGUUUCCACUCCCAGCCUUUUCCCUCAGCCCACAGCUUUCCUUACACUCCUCUUGGAAAACCGGCGGUGGAAGCCAAGCUGUGCUUUCAGAUUUGGAAUUUCUUGGUUCUGUUCUUUGGCCUGUGAAGGACAUAACGAGUCCCAGGGAUGGCUCCGGCUGUGGAACUGCUCUGCUGCUCCCGAGGGAAAGUCAUUCUUCCAAGGGAUCUGUUUUUGUGGCUGCACCACAUGGCAGAGCCCUGGGAGCUUCCCAAAACAACCCCAGACAGGGACUGGGGAGAGCCCUGGGAGCUUCCCAAAACAACCCCAGACAGGGACUGGGGAGAGCCCUGGGAGCUUCCCAAAACAACCCCAGACAGGGACUGGGCUGCUCUCAGAGCAGGAGGAGAAAGAUGUGGAGCUGCUGGAGAGAGUCCAGAGGAGGCCACUGAGCUGAUCCCAGAGCUGGAGCCCCUCUGCUCUGGGACACGCUGGGAGAGCUGGGGGGGUUCCCUGGAGAAGAGAAGGCUCCAGGGAGAGCUGAGAGCCCCUGGCAGGGCCUAAAGGGGCUCCAGGAGAGCUGGAGAGGGACUGGGGACAAGGGAUGGAGGGACAGGACACAGGGAAUGGCUUCCACUGCCAGAGGGCAGGGAUAGAUGGGAUAUUGGGAAGGAAUUGCUGACUGGGAGGGUGGGGAGGCCCUGGCACCCAAACCAUUCCUUGAUUCUCGGUGUGUCUGCCAGAAUUGUGACCUUCGUGCAAGUAACAAAUCAGGAAGAAAGCCAGAAAAGCCAAAACAGAAAUGAAGUAGCCAGAGAUGAAUUUUCCAGAGGAGGGAUCAACAAGAGCCAUUUGAUGCAGUGGGAAAAAUCUAUUCCUGUUCUGUGGUGUGUCCUGGAAGGGCCCUGCUGUGUCCGUGCUCUUGGGCUCUGUGGGAGCAGCAUCAGCUCCAGUUCCAAAGGCUGAAUUUUUCCCUUUUUUUAUUCUGUGUGGUGGCUUUACUGUGGCACGUGGGGUUUGAUACCCAGGGAGGGGAGUUCAGUUCCCUCCUGUAAACUGCCAUUCCUGGACAGAGAUCUGGAUCUGUCCCUUGCACUGCAACAACUGGAGCAAGGAAGGUGCAUUUUUCAGGAGCUGGGAGAAAUAGGAAGAACUGCACCCAGGCAAGGUUAUGGAAUAUUUGGUAUAGAAAACUUCUGUGAUCAAAGCACUGCUUGGUUUGUGUUUGGUCUGUUGUGACUGUGGAGUAGCUUCCUGCUGUACUUCAUUGGAAUUGCAUGGCUGUUCCAAAGCAACAAAUAAAGUGUUAAAAGAGAA